ACACUUGGUGAGAUAUCUAUCUACCAUUGAAAGCUUCAAACCGCUUCAUUUUACACGCACAAAACACAGAAACACCGAUCGACUUCAAGAUCGAGAGAGAGAAAACUUUCCGGGGGCAUAUCUCAUCGAGAAGAUCAUCGGGCUGAGCCAUGGCAAGCCAGUACAAAAGUGCAUCUAGGAAAGAUAAACCUAGAGGACGUCAGCAUGGGUUAACUCAACAGAAGAGGCAAGAGAUAAAGGAAGCAUUUGAGCUUUUUGACACCGAUGGCUCAGGCACUAUUGAUGCAAAAGAGCUGAACGUUGCAAUGAGGGCGCUUGGUUUCGAAAUGAAUGAGGAGCAAAUUAGACAAAUGAUUGCCGACGUAGACAAGGAUGGCAGUGGUGCAAUUGACUUCGAUGAAUUCGUGCACAUGAUGACAGCCAAGAUUGGAGAAAGGGACAGCAAAGAAGAGCUCAUGAAAGCCUUCCACAUUAUCGACCAAGAUAAGAAUGGAAAGAUAUCUGCCUCGGACAUUCAGCGAAUUGCAAAGGAGCUUGGUGAGAACUUCACUGACAAGCAGAUUCAAGAGAUGAUUGAGGAAGCAGAUCGUGAUCGUGACGGAGAAGUAAACGUGGAUGACUAUAUGAGGAUGAUGAGGAGAACUUCGUAUGGGUACUAGAAUGCUGCUGUACAAUGUUGCAUGUUCCGACUUAUGAAAUAUACAUUCCGAUGGUCUGUUUGUUUAAUUUGUUUAAAUAAUAGUAUUGCUGAAUUCCAAACAUUUUGCAGCUAUUGUAAUUUGUAUGAGUAGUUUGUUUGCAUUUGGAAAGUUUUCUUUCUGCAGAAGUAUUUCUAAUAUACUAGAUGAAGCAGAGGAUGAGUAGCAUUAUUGCUGUGUGUUUGUCGUAAAACAUGAUGCAAUGGGCUUUAUUAUGGUGCAGAUAAGUUCGAUUCUAA